CGUUGAGCAACGAUGCUUUGGAACCUCUGAUUUCUCAGAUAAAGGCGCUGAAGCUGUCCUGUGAAAGAUGUGAAACCUCGUCGGCGUUGGUGGUGCCACAGAGUUUAUCCGAGUUCGACGACGUCACCUGAGGUUGGCAGGCACAGCCAAAGCCAUUGCCUCGGAUCAACAGUUUGUUGUGGUCUUCAUCUCCUGGUGUCGCUGGUGACCUCAGCAAGAUUGAUUCGCUUACAUGGAGAGACUUCAAGGUGCUCUCAUUGACUUUGCUCAAGAAAUUGAGCUUCGCUGCGCCGUGACGUGAGAUCUACUUUGGGACACCUCGCUUUCUUCAUCACAGCCAUGUCAACCUUCAACGGCAUCAUCCACGAGUUCCCCGACAUCCGGGUCGAUUUCUUCCGCCAGAACCUAGACAAGCGACCGCCGCUAGCUUGCUUUCUCAGUCAUGUUCACAGCGACCAUCUUGCUGGGCUGGAGACACUGCGAUCUCCGUUUGUGUACUGCUCGGCUGCGACGCGUGAGAUCUUGCUCCGUCUCGAGAGAUACUCCUGUCGCAUCAACUAUGCGCAGGGUAUUCUCGAGGCCAAGGUGCAAACUUAUAAGCAUCUGAAGAACUUGCUGAAGCCCAUUCCUCUGGACACACCGACCACGCUUGAGCUGGCACCCGGGAACAACAUCCAGGUCACUCUGCUUGAUGCGAACCAUUGCGUUGGGGCUGUCAUGUUCCUUGCUGAAAGCGAUGGAAAGGCUGUACUAUACACUGGUGACAUUCGAAGCGAGCCAUGGUGGGUGAACACGAUUGCUCGUAACCCUAGCAUGGUCGAGUACUCCACCGGCCUGAGAACGUUAGACCGUAUCUACCUGGACACGUCGAUUCUUGAUGAUUACGAACAGCAAACCAAGGCAAAUGGCCUACGGGAGCUUCUGGAGAAGGUUGCCAAGUACCCCGAUGAUACGUAUUUCUGCAUGCAAGCGUGGACUUAUGGCUACGAAGAAGUUUGGAUUGCCCUUUCCAAGGCACUUAAGUCCAAGAUUCAUGUGGACAAGUAUAAGAUGGGCGUGUACAAGUCGCUUGUAGCCAAGCCCACCAACGAUCGCUUUGGCCCGCAGUUCCAAUUGUCCAAAGAAGCGCCGUACCUAGUGGGCUUCACAUGCGGGAACAACCAACACGAUGGCUGCUUGACAUUGGAUGAGAAUGUGCGCAUCCACAGCUGUGAGAAAGGGACGGCUUGCGCAGUCAUGCAGAACAAGCCAGUUGUCUGGAUCCAACCAAUCGUCGCCCGUCUGCCUAACGGCCAAGACAUUGCAGAAGUCGGCAUAGGCGGUGGCGGCGGCGACCUGGAGCGUGAGGCUGAGUUGGACCACCUGGUGCCCAAAGAUAUCAUGAUGCUUGUACAGAUGAUCGACGACAACGACAACAUACCGGUAGAAGUCAAGGAGGAGAUGCAGGCUAUGUUCAUCAAGCUUCUGGAGAGUGGUCGAAGUGUCUCAUUGAAUAUGGACAUUUCAGGGUUCCCUGAAGAUAUGCGGACGAAUUUGAAGGAUAUCGUCCUGUCAAUGGUGAAAAAGUUAAAGACCACUUCCAAUCACCAACAACGAGGCCCAGCACCUCCGGUCCAGUCAUUGCCGACCAAGAUCACCUUCUCCUACGCCCGCCACUCCUCCUAUCCGGAACUAAAACAUUUAGUGGAAACCCUCAAGCCGCGUGACAUCUGGCCUUGUACCGUCGAUGUUCCUUACUGGCACCAAAGUGGCAUCACCAUGCAAGGUUACUUCGGCAAAUACUGUAGCGGCGACGUGUUCGAACACGACAUUGAGAUGGACAAAUUACUUAAAGAGCAACUGGCUCGACAGGCACAGCUGCAGCGGGAAAUAAAUGGAGAAGACAGCCGCCGGACGAUGAUAAAUCCUGCUCAAGGUCGGUCCGGUCCAGUUUUGCCUCCUACUGACGCACUCGAUGUGUCCGCUGCGAAGGUCAGUAACAACCAUCCGAGCCAACUGACAAAAAAUGCACGAACGCCAGCUAGAGAGGAGGCUGGCUCUUUUCCAGCGGACGCGAUAUCGAUCUCGUCGACAGACUCUUCCCCCGUGGCGCCCGACCGAUCUCGAGACAUGGCACCGUCAUCGAAGCGGAGCUACGAGACAUUCCAGGAAGGUGAUAGGACUGAAGAGGCUUACGAUGACGUGGUGAUGCAAGGUGGUUCGCAAGCGUCUUCUCUAUCUGCCCGAGCUUACGACACCCGGCUGAAAGCAUAUAAAGCCAUGGAAAGUGGGGACUGGAGCGUCGGACUGAUAUCAACUACGGAUCACCACAGCAACAUGGACCCAGUGCUUGGAGAACGACGCUGAGGUAAAUAGGGAGGAACUGCUGUCCGUUCCCGUUUGUGCAUUUGGGAUAUCUGCGUCUCGCCUCGGCUGCAGAUCUGCGGG